AUGGGCCGAGAAAUUGGUAGCGAAUUAAGAAAGUCUGAAUCUUAUAAUAGGCUUGAGGAAUAUCUGCCGGAGAGCAUAAGUAAUUUGAAAUUGAGUCAUAACCUGUUGGGAAACUACACUAUAAUAAGAAAUAAGCUAGAAUUGGAGUUGAGUGCAAAGACUUCAACUCUGAUAUGCAACUUACCUUUCUAUUUAUACAGAGAAAUGCUAUUAUUUCAGGCUUUACUUGAAAAGGGAGGAUUCUUGAUCCACACUCAGGGCAUGUGAACUCCAUAUGAGACAUUUUAUUUAUUAGGACUUUGGACUUUGAAUUGGCAGAAAUGAUUUCUUAAAAUUAAAAUGCAUACUCUUAUAAUAUAA